AUGAUGCGGCCGCCCGGACCGGCCGCUGCCUCGGGGUCGAGCCCGCCGUCGCUGCUGCGCCCUGGCAUGGGGCACCAAGGUCCCCACGCGGGCGCCCCGUCCGGAAAGGGUGCUGGUUUCGCUCCGCCGUUUGGGCCUGGAGGCAGCGCCGGGGCACAGGCCACACAGUGGCAGUCCAAGGGCGGCACGGAGUGGCAGCCCCAGGGCGGCGACGAGUGGCAGUCUGAUAGCGGCGGUGGGUGGCAGCAGGGCAGCUCAGACUGGCAGCCCCCUGGCAGCAGCUCGGAGUGGCAGCCCCCUGGUGCCAACGAGUGGCAGCCUCCGGGCAGCGGCGCGGACUGGCAGCCCCCGGGCACCGGGGACUGGCAGCCCCCGGGCAGCGCGGACUGGCAGCCUCCCGGCGCCAGCGAGUGGCAGCCUCCCGGCGGCGCGGAGUGGCAGCGCCCGGGCGGCGCGGACUGGCAGUCCAAGGGCGGCGCGGAGUGGCCGCCCAACGGCGGCGGGGGGUGGCAGUCCGAGGGCGGCGCGGGGUGGCAGCCUCCAGGCGGCGCGGAGUGGCACCAGCCCACGGGCGGCGCGGAGUGGCAGCAGCCCAAGGGCGGCGCGGAGUGGCAGCAGCCCCCAAGCAGCGGGGGCUGGGCGCCGCGGCCCAAGGGCGGCGCAGGCCAGCAGCCCAAGGGCGGCAAGCCCCAGGGCGGCAAGGGCGGCGCGGCGGCCAGCGGGACGCGGCCCAGCGGACGGCCCAGCGGGCCCGCAGCGGGCUCGCCGCCGCCUCCUCCGGCUGGUGUCAUGCGGCCUCCCAGCGUGGCUCUGGCGGCGGCGAAGGCAGUCCCUGGCUGCGGGGUGUUCGUCGGGAACUUGCCACUCGACGCAACGGAGUCGGAGCUGCAGACGUUCUUCGCAGAGAAGGGCUCAGCGUGCUCUUCGGCUCGCAUUGUGCGAGACAAGGUCACGAGCGUGUCGAAGGGCUACGCCUUCUGCGACUUUGAGGAUGCGGCGUCCGCCCAGGCUGCGAUCCAAAGCCUCAACAACGCGGAGUUCCGGGGCCAGCAGCUGCGCCUAGACACCGCGGAGAGGGGCUUGCUUCAGAGCAUGGCUACAAGCAUUGUGCCAGCGAUGGGCCCACCGGCUACGGCCCCGAGGCCCCUCCUCAUGCCACCGCCUGGAGUCGCGGACCCGAAGGAGGUGCUGGCGCAGCUGAAGCGCUCCUUGGUGCCCCAGCUCGGUGGCGGUGGAUCCCUGGUGGUGCCCCCCCUCGUGCAGAGGCCGCCGGCGGCGCUGGCGAGGAUUACCGGGAUGCCCAAGCCGAUCAGGCCUCCGGCCCCGAGCGGGCCGUCGGCCGAGUUCAUGGAGGAGCUCAAGCUGAAAAUGAAAGAGGUCGGGGGCACUUCCGGCAAAAUCUGCCGGUUCGGGCGCACCUGCAAGAGCGUGGACUGCAGCAACACGCACCCGGAUGGGCGCGACAUCGAGGACAAUCCGCAGAGCGUCAUCUGCACAUUCGGGCGGCGCUGCAAGCGCAGCAACUGCUUCUAUGUGCAUUAUGCAGGCCGGGACGUCGACGAGGACAGCCGCGCGCAAUGCAGGCUCGGUGCUGAAUGUACCUCGCCGACCUGCUUCUACGCCCACCCAGAGUCGAGGAGGAGCGUAACUCAGUUGCGCUGCUUCUUCUGCGGUGAGGUGGGCCACGUGCACAAGGAGUGCAAGAAGGAUCCACAGGUGUGGCAGCCGAAGGUGACGAUGACGAACUUUCCAGAGGACUGGAAGGCCGAGGGCCUCGAGGCGCUCGCCAAGAAGAUCCAGGAGGAGCUCGAGAUCUUCGGGGUCCUGGAGUUGCCCCCCGAGGAAGACGGCGUGGCCCAGCCGCCGGUGAAGGUCUUGGACGACGGCAACAAGGCAGAGGCCACUUUCGUAGAUCCAGAGCUCGGCAAGCAGGCCAUCAAAGCACUUGACAAAGAGGUGCUCACGAUGGACUGGUCCUCCCCGCCGCCAAACUACAGGGGCAAGGACAGUGCGAGAGACAAGAAGUGCACGGUCUUUGUGGGGAACAUCCCUUUCGACGCCACGGAAGAGGACCUGCAGGAGAUCUUCGAAAGAGCGGGGAAAGUCUGCUCCCUUCGGCUCGUCUUCGACAAGGACACGAACAAGCCCAAGGGCUACGGCUUUGUCGAUUACGAGACCCCCGAGAUCGCCCAGGAAGCGAUGGAGAAGUUGUAUGACACGGAGGUGAAGGGGAGAAGGUUGAGACUCACACAGGCGGGCGCUGCGCUGGGUGGCCGGCGAGACAGAGACGGCGCAGACCCAGCAGGCGAGGUGUCGAUCUCAGGCUUUCCCAAGCGGUGGACGAAGACCGACCUCCUCGAUUUCAUCGGAACACACGUCAGGACGAAGACCAUCGAGAAGAUCGAGAUGGCUUCGACAGAGGACGAGGCGUCCUCGGGCGAAGCCACCCUGCAGUUCCCGAGCUACUACGACGCCAAGAGGGCGUGCUCCGACCUCGACGGUCAGAAGAUCGCCGGCAAACCGUUGACCCUCGUCAUGAAAGGGGCUGAGCAGGAUGACCGGGGACGUCGAGGUGGUUGGCGUGAUGACAAGGAUUGGAAGGAUAAGGAUUGGAAGAACGAUGACUGGACUCAGGACGAUUGGGACGAUUGGAAGAAAGACGAUUGGAAGAAGGACCGCAACGACAAGGGGGUGCUCAUAACCAUCCACCUCGACGAGCUCGCGAUGCCAAAGAGGCCUGUCGUUGAGCCUUGCAAGGAUGACUGCGAGGUGUGGAUCGACCCUUUGCCCGACGAGGAAAACCUGAAGGAAUUCCUCGAAGCUUUUGGCGAGGUCGACGACGUCUUCCGCAUCCCGGACAUAUCGACCGGCGAGCCAGGGGACAGAGGUUACGUGAGAUUCAAGGAGCACGAUUCCGCUGUCCGCUGCGUUGAGAAGGGCUCUGGCACGUGGUCCGAGUCCGAGCGUGCCCUGACGUCGCAGAGCGCCCGUCACGGAGGUCGCCCUAGCGUGUACCCUGAGAGCCUCAUCGGAAAGGUGCUGGGUCAUCGUGGGGACGUGAUCAUGCGUGUCAAGGACGAGAUCGGCGCCAACCUGCUGUCCCUCCGCGGCGAAGGCCUGGGCAAGGAGGACCCGAACGCGUCCAAGCGCGUCCACUUCGUUUGCAGAGGAUCCCCAGACAUCGUGUCCAAGAUCCAGCCCGCGCUGGAGCAGACUAUCGAGAAGGCGCUCUCGCAUCCGCACAGCCCGCACCAUGUGCAGCGCUACGAACACCACCUCGCCAUCCACUUCGGCCACGGGCGCCACAGCGCGCACAUCAACAACUCGGCGGGCUGCCGCAUUUUGCGGAAUCAUUACAUGUUCAAGAGGAAGCACGUCAAGAUUCUGAACACGCCGUCGCGCUUCACUCCGAUCGUCAUGAUGGACCUCAACGACCGCUUCGCUGCGGGCCCCGAGGGCGACGAGACGGUCGGCGACUACCCCACGGGCAAAGAGGGCGAAGCGUGCAAGUUCUACCACCGCAGCCUUGGCAACACGCACAUGGCGGCAGCGAGCGCGUACUAUGACACGGGCCCCACCUAUGACGGCCGCUACCCUUCGGUUACCGACUACGUAUUCAUUCCAACGGGCAUGGUCUCACGUAUCUUGCAGUGCCGAGUGUGGAACCACGCCGCCCACGCCCUCCAGCUCCCGCGGAAGUUCAAGGACCACGGGCCGCUGAUAGUCAAGAUCGAGGAGGGCCACAAGCGCGUCGAGUUCUUGGAGAGCCUCGAGGAACACCUCAGCACCCACGCCGACUUGCUGGGCGAGUACUUGGAACGCGACGGCGGCGCGUACCAUUGGUGCCUUGCGAUGCAGUGCUCCCGCGACGCCGCCAUGGAGCAGUUCUCGGCCGCCGCACGACGCCCCGAUUGGCAUCGCGAAAUUCGAGAUCACGAGCUACAGCUGCUUCGGCAACGAGCCCAACUACGACAGAAAAGCCAUGCCCAGGAGGACCACCGCGACACGAAUGAGGAGGCCCUACAGCAUCUCGGCGACACCAUCCACGAAUUGAGCAAGCAUCUCCGACGCCACCAGACGGACACGAACCACAAGUACCAGGAGACGCAGUGCGACGGCCUGUGGCAGGCCUGGCGCGCUCGGGGGUUCGUCUUGAACCCCUUUGUGUUUGUGCAGUUGGGGUAG